AAAAGCUUGAAGUUCUUGUUUCUUCUUCACACCAACCCGACAACACAAAUCGACAAGUUCUCUAAAACAGCAAGGGUACUUCGAACGGCCAUGUUAGCAACGACGAUUCGAAUCGCUCCACGGUAUAGAGGCACAUUUCCCUUCUUACGGACUGUCUCUACUCUCGCAUCCAAUCCUCGCAUUAAAGUCUUCCCUGCAGACUCAUCGCGAGCGUCUUUCCUCCUGAGCUACCUCGACACGCAGCCUCCAAACCACAGGUUAGCCAUCGGGUUUUCGACCAAAGACCCACCGACACCGCAGUCUUUCAACGAGAACCAGACUUUCUUAUCCAUCCUCUACGAUGUCCUUGCCGAGUAUGCGCCAAAGGAUAAGGAUCUGAUCGCCCAAGCCAGAGCCUUUGCGGGACCCGGCGGAGCCAAUCUGGGCUCGGGAGGCAUGUUCUUCCCGCAGCAGAGCAAGAGACGGUCUAGCAAGUCUACGUCGGCGAAGCAAGGAGGAGGGGGCGGCGCUGGGGGUAGCGGAGCCGGCGGAGCCAGCGGUCAAGGAGGGGCCGGCGGUGGUGGUCACGCCGGCUAUGUCCAUCUCAGUGACGCGAGAAAUCCACCAGACUUUGGGCGGAUCGCGUGGCCAGAGGAUAUCCUGGGCAGCGUCGAGGUCGACCAACAAGGCAACAUCGUGGGCAAGCUCCAGCCCAGUGGCACAUAUCGCAUCAUCACGAAUGAGGGAAUUCUCGGGCUCAGCCCUUACUUGACAGAGAGACUUGUCGAGAGGCUCAAGGAAGAGGAGAAGAGGGACAGAUCCAGUUGAGCUGGUUUGUAGGGUGUGAAUACCAAGAUUGAUACCUUCAUGUCUAUGCUAUGUCGGCCUACGUAUUGUCCUCGGCCAUGUCAACAGCGGGAGAUGACUGCGACUGCGAGUUCGGGAUGAGAUGGAUCCACACCACUGCGAAGUACGCGUGCCGGCAUUUGGGCCCCGUCUUUGGAAUAUGUAACCGUAAAAACUAAGGUACGGUCUGUUCAACAUAGUACGGGGUACGGAUAUACACUUUGUACGAAAUCAGGUCCCCAGAAAAACGGUGAAGAGAACUAAUGUAUGCGCGAGCAC